AUGGUCUUGUUCCUGAGGAAAUGGUCUGGUAUUCAAGUUAUAUUCUUGUCCAUUGACUCAGUGCUUUACUUUGACUUUCUGUUGCCGGUGGACCAGUCCCAAAGGUCGUAUACUGGGAGCAUAUUCAUCGUGGUGACUCCAUGCCACGGAGGAGCCCACAAUGGCCACUUUCUAUGUACAGAAGGCGGUCUAAUGUUUCUACUAAAUGGAGACCUGUCAGGGUGGGACUCCUUGGAUUGUGGGAAAAGACUUUCUCUGGGACCUCUUGAAGCCUUUAGUCUUCUAUGGAUACAAUGUAUUCCCAAUGAAGACUGUGUGACCCCAUGCCAUGGAGGAGGAGCCCACAAUGGUGACUGGGAGACCUAUCAGGGUGGGACCCCUUGGAUUGUGGGAAAAGACUUUCUCUGGGACCUCUUGAAGGUUGUGGCAGAGCAGAUCCCGAUGUUGGUUCAGGGAGUUCGAGGCAGCCAAUCACAGCCGGAGAGUCCGAGCGCCCAACUGUCCCUCAUCAGUGCCGGCCAGAACUUCCUGCAGCCUGGCGGUAAACUGGUGGCGGCAGGGAAGGCGGCCGUCCCGACCGUAUCGGAUCCGGCAUCCGCCAUGCAGCUUGGUCAAUGCAUAAAGAACUUGGCUACCGCUCUAGCUGAGCUCCGCACCGCCGCACAGAAGGCACAGGAAGCAUGUGGACCUCUGGAGAUUGACUCUGCACUGAACCUCAUUCGUUCCCUGGAACAAGACCUAAAGGAGGCCAAAGCAGCUGCCAGAGAGGGCAAACUGCAGCCGCUGCCCGGGGAGACGAUGGAGAAAUGCUCACAAGAUCUGGGAAGCAGCACCAAGGCAGUGAGUUCUUCCAUCGCACAACUUCUGGGUGAGAUUGUCCAUGGGAAUGAGAACUACACAGGACGUGCUGCCCGUGAUGUUGCCCAGGCCCUCCGUUCCCUGGCUCAGGCCAGCCGUGGAGUGGCCGCCAUGUCUGGAGAUCCGGCAGUGCAGAACGCCAUGUUGGAGUGCGCCGGAGAUGUCAUGGAUAAGGCUGGAAAUCUCAUUGAAGAAGCUAAGAGAGCCGUGGGAAAGCCGGCGGAUGCCGAGUGUCAGCAAAGAUUGGCUCAGGUGGCCAAGGCCGUGUCUCAGGCUCUGAGCCGAUGCGUCACUUGUCUUCCGGGACAGAGAGACGUGGAUGCCGCCAUAAAGAGCAUCGGAGAAGCCAGCAAGAAACUCCUGGCCACAUCUUUCCCCCCCAGCACCAAGACUUUCCAGGAAGCUCAGGGCCAACUGAACCAGGCUGCCGUCGGCCUCAACCAGUCAGCCAAUGAACUAGUGCAGGCUUCCCGGGGAACGCCUCAGGAUCUCGCCAAGGCUUCUGGGAAGUAUGGCCAGGACUUCAAUGAGUUCCUUCAGGCUGGAGUGGAGAUGGCAGGACAAUCACAGAACAAGGAGGACCAGUCCCAAGUGGUCUCCAACCUCAAGAGUAUUUCUCUGUCAUCCAGCAAGUUGUUACUGGCAGCUAAAGCACUUUCUGCUGAUCCUGCCGCUCCCAACCUGAAGAGCCAGCUGGCGGCCGCAGCCAGGGCUGUGACCGACAGUAUCAAUCAGCUGAUCACGGUGUGUACCCAGCAAGCCCCGGGACAGAAGGAGUGUGACAACGCUCUACGUGAGCUGGAGACGGUCCGAGAACUCCUCCAGAACCCGACGGAGCCAGUCAACGACCAGUCCUACUUCAACUGCCUGGACAGCGUCAUGGAGAACUCCAAGGUUCUAGGUGAGUCUAUGGCCGGAAUUUCUCAGCAUGCGAAGACCAGCAAUUUGCCGGAGUUUGGUGAGGCGGUCAGCACGGCAUCCAAGGCUUUGUGUGGCCUGACUGAGGCUGCGGCACAGGCUGCUUACCUUGUUGGCGUAUCAGAUCCCAGUAGCCGUGCCGCCCAGCAAGGUCUGGUGGAUCCCACACAGUUUGCCAGAGCCAACCAAGCUAUUCAGAUGGCCUGUCAAAACCUAGUAGAUCCGGCCUGCACCCAGUCACAGGUGUUGUCAGCUGCCACCAUUGUGGCUAAACACACCUCCGCUCUGUGCAAUGCAUGCCGCCUGGCAUCCACUCACACCUCCAAUCCCGUGGCCAAGAGGCAGUUUGUCCAGUCUGCCAAGGAGGUGGCAAACAGCACGGCGAACCUGGUGAAGACCAUCAAGGCUUUGGAUGGGGCAUUCAAUGACGACAAUCGGGCCAAGUGUCGUGAAGCCACCGUGCCGCUUAUCCAAGCCGUAGAGAACCUUACCGCUUUCGCCUCCAAUCCGGAAUUCGCCAGUGUGCCGGCCCACAUCUCCCAAGAGGGUCUCCAUGCCAUGGAACCAAUCAUCAGCUCGGCUCAGACCAUGCUGGAGAGCUCUUCUGGCCUCAUCCAGACCGCUCGUUCCCUGGCUGCCAAUCCCAAAGACCCGCCACAAUGGUCGGUGUUGGCCGGACACUCCCGGACAGUCUCUGACUCCAUCAAGAAACUCAUCACCAAUAUGAGGGACAAGGCCCCAGGACAGAGGGAAUGUGAUCAGGCCAUCGAGCUGCUGAACCAGGCGGUGAGAGAACUGGACCAGGCCUCGCUAGAAGCCAUCAGCCAGCAAUUGGUGCCGCGGGAGGGAAUCUCACAGGAGGCGUUACACAAUCAGAUGCAGACGUCUGUACAGGAGAUCAGCAACCUAAUAGAACCGCUGGUGGCGGCGGCCCGGGCGGACUCCUCGCAGCUCGGACACAAGGUCUCCCAGAUGGCCCAAUACUUCGAGCCUCUGACCAACGCCACCAUCGGAGCCGCCUCCAAGGCCAUCAACCACCAGCAGCAGAUGAACCUUCUGGACCAGACCAAGACGCUGGCAGAGUCGGCACUGCAGAUGCUUUACACCGCCAAGGAGGCCGGAGGCAACGCCAAGGGCGCCGGACACACCCAGGAAGCUUUGGAUGAAGCCGCUCAGAUGAUGCAUGAAGCUGUGGAUGAUUUGACGGGAACACUGAAUGAAGCUGCCAGUGCGGCCGGAGCUGUAGGAGGAAUGGUGGAUUCCAUCACUCAGGCCAUCAACAAGCUGGAUGAACAGCACAUCGGUGAGCCUGAGGGAUCAUUUGUGGACUAUCAAACAACCAUGGUGAAGACAGCCAAGGCUAUAGCAGUGACGGUGCAGGAGAUGGUCACUAAAUCCACCACCAACCCCGACGAACUGGGCACAUUGGCCAACCAACUUACCAAUGACUACAGUCAGCUGGCACAUGAAGCCAAACCAGCUGCUAUGACUGCCGAGAAUGAGGAGAUUGGAUCUCACAUCAAACAGCGGGUGCAGGAACUGGGCCAUGGCUGCUCUCUGCUGGUCACCAAAGCCGGAGCUCUGCAGUGCUGCCCGACGGACAAUUACACCAAGAAGGAGCUGAUCGAUUGUGCACGGCGCGUGUCUGAGAAGGUGUCACACGUCCUGGCUGCUCUCCAAGCUGGGAACCGCGGCACUCAGGCUUGUAUCACUGCCGCCAGCGCCGUCUCCGGGAUCAUCGCCGACCUGGACACAACUAUCAUGUUUGCCACAGCCGGAUCACUGAACCGAGAGAACGCCGAAACCUUCGCAGAUCAUCGGGAGGGAAUCCUGAAGACGGCAAAGGCUCUGGUGGAGGACACGAAGGUUCUGGUGCAGAACGCCACCUCCAGUCAGGAGAAGUUGGCUCAGGCCGCCCAGUCUUCAGUCGGCACCAUCACACGGCUAGCAGAGAACGUUAAGCUGGGAGCGGCCAGUCUGGGCUCAGAAGACCCCGAGACUCAGGUGGUCCUCAUUAAUGCUGUUAAAGAUGUGGCCAAGGCAUUGGGUGACCUCAUCAGUGCCACCAAGGCAGCUGCCGGAAAGUCCAGUGAUGACCCGUCGGUGUACCAGCUGAAGAACUCUGCCAAGGUUAUGGUGACCAAUGUGACGUCUCUCCUGAAAACGGUCAAAGCCGUGGAAGAUGAAGCCACCAAGGGAACGCGGGCGCUGGAGGCCACCAUUGAGCACAUACGGCAGGAGCUGGCGACCUUCAUUUCUCCCGAGCCUCCUCCCAAGACCUCCACACCGGAAGACUUUAUCCGUAUGACCAAAGGCAUCACCAUGGCAACGGCCAAGGCCGUCGCUGCCGGAAACUCCUGUCGUCAGGAAGAUGUUAUCGCUACGGCAAACCUGAGUCGCCGCGCUAUCGCCGACAUGCUGCGUUCCUGCAAGGAAGCCGUCUAUCACCCCGAGGUCAACCAUGAUGUGCGUAUCCGGGCCACGCGGUUUGGCAAGGAGUGCGCUAUGGGCUACCUACAACUCCUGGAACACGUGUUACAGAUCCUCCAUAAGCCGACUGCAGACAUGAAGCAUCAGCUGACCGGGUUCUCCAAGCAGGUCGCCGGUUCCGUGACGGAGCUGAUCCAGGCCGCCGAGGCGAUGAAAGGCACAGAAUGGGUGGAUCCCGAGGACCCCACCGUCAUUGCCGAGAACGAGCUGUUGGGCGCAGCGGCAGCGAUAGAAGCAGCAGCCAAAAAAUUAGAGCAGCUCAAACCUCGUGCUAAACCCAAGCAAGCAGAUGAGAGUCUGAACUUCGAGGAGCAAAUCCUGGAGGCGGCCAAGUCCAUCGCAGCCGCCACCAGCGCACUCGUCAAAGCUGCGUCCGCCGCCCAGCGAGAACUGGUGGCCCAGGGCAAGGUUGGAGCCAUUCCAGCGAACGCUAUAGAUGAUGGUCAGUGGUCUCAGGGACUUAUAUCUGCUGCUCGAAUGGUUGCUGCUGCCACCAGUAACCUGUGUGAAGCGGCGAAUUCCGCAGUGCAGGGCCACGCCAGCGAGGAGAAGCUGAUUUCAUCUGCCAAGCAGGUGGCCGCAUCUACAGCUCAGCUUCUGGUGGCCUGUAAGGUGAAGGCCGACCACGAUUCGGAGGCCAUGAAGAGGCUGCAGGUUGCCGGGAACGCGGUGAAGAGAGCGUCGGACAAUUUGGUGAAGGCGGCAAAGAAAGCGGCAGCAUUCCAGGAACACGAUGAGACGGUGGUGGUGAAGGAGAAGAUGGUGGGCGGCAUCGCACAGAUUAUCGCGGCUCAGGAGGAAAUGUUACGGAAGGAGCGGGAGCUGGAGGAAGCUCGGAAGAAGCUGGCGAUGAUCCGACAACAGCAGUACAAGUUCCUUCCCUCGGAGCUCCGAGAGGAUUCGCAGAACUGAGCUCCGCCCCUCCCUCUGACCACUGCAGGCGUAACCGGCUUCCCCCGCUCACUAAUCGUUCUUGCACACGUGCCUCCAGUAGCAGAGACUUUAUUAUCCAGCGGCAUGCUGGGUGUCGGGGCCACUCCUCCUCCUUUUUCCCAUAAUCCUGUGCUGUCCCAGUGGGCGGAGCUCGCCCACUCUCAGAUUACGUUGUAACGGUUCAUAUUGUACAGGCAGUGCCUUAUCGCCCUGACGCUGGCCGCUAACCCCUCCCCCCCGUCGUGCUUUAAUAUAUUAAUCUGUGCCUUGCUGACCCCCCUAUGCUCCUCCCAGUGCGCUAAGUGAGUGUCGUGUGAUUGGUGGAAUCUGUGUGUGUAUGUGUGUGGCUCUGUCUGCCCCUCCCCCCUCGUCUUCACCUCAAGUCUAUUUCAUGCCAAAAGUGCCUAAACGUGCAAUGCACAAUCAUAGUGUUACCGCCGCCGCGCGUCCCGCGUCAUUUCUAUGGAAAUAUCUAUUUUUAUUUUACAUUUGUUGAGAUUUCUAUGCUGUAUGUCGGACCGGCCGCGGUCCCCUUCCAAUGGCUCCACCAAAAAAAAGUGUUAUAAGCAAUAAAUAUUCUCACCUGGAGCUCCUC